CCCUCGCCCUGCCACCGCCCUCCCCCAGGGUUGUGGCCACGCGCAGCGGCAGCGGUUGUUCCGCUUCCCCUCCGGCCCGGGCCGUCGCCAUUGCCGAAGGCUCCUGCCCUCCCCUCCCUGGCCCGCGGGGCUCCGCGCCUCACGGCCUCGGUAGCGACGGCCGCGCCCCGAGCCGCUCCCCUCUGCCCUGCCCUCCUGCUUCUCCGCUGCCCAGCACAGCGUUCGCCCGCGUCGUCCCGGCAGCCCGUCCCGGGUCGGGCGGAGACCUUCCUUCCCUCUCUGGCCAUUCGUAAUUCUGAAUCAUGUCUGAUAGCGGAGAACUAGAAGACAAGCCCCCAGCACCUCCUGUGCGAAUGAGCAGUACCAUUUUUAGCACUGGAGGAAAAGAUCCUUUAUCGGCCAAUCACAGUUUGAAACCUUUGCCUUCUGUUCCAGAGGAAAAAAAACCCAGGAACAAAAUCAUCUCCAUAUUCUCAGGCACAGAAAAAGGAAGUAAAAAGAAAGAAAAAGAACGACCAGAGAUUUCUCCUCCAUCUGAUUUUGAACACACCAUCCAUGUUGGCUUUGACGCUGUUACUGGAGAGUUCACUGGCAUGCCAGAACAGUGGGCAAGGCUGUUGCAGACCUCCAACAUUACAAAACUAGAACAGAAGAAGAACCCUCAGGCUGUGCUGGAUGUCCUGAAGUUCUACGACUCGAACACUGUGAAGCAGAAGUACCUGAGCUUCACUCCCCCUGAGAAAGAUGGCUUUCCUUCUGGAACACCAGCACUAAACGCCAAGGGAUCAGAAACAUCAGCAGUAGUGACAGAGGAAGACGACGAUGAUGAAGAUGCUGCUCCUCCUGUCAUUGCCCCUCGGCCAGAUCAUACGAAAUCAAUUUACACACGGUCUGUUAUCGACCCUGUCCCUGCUCCAGUUGGUGAUUCUAAUGUUGAUGGUGGUGCCAAGUCUUCAGACAAACAGAAAAAGAAAGCCAAGAUGACAGAUGAAGAGAUUAUGGAGAAAUUAAGAACUAUUGUGAGCAUAGGUGACCCUAAGAAAAAAUACACAAGAUAUGAAAAAAUUGGACAAGGGGCUUCAGGCACCGUUUUUACUGCAACUGAUGUGGCACUGGGACAAGAGGUUGCUAUUAAGCAGAUUAAUUUACAGAAACAACCAAAGAAGGAAUUGAUCAUUAAUGAAAUUCUGGUGAUGAAAGAAUUAAAGAAUCCCAACAUAGUUAACUUCUUGGACAGUUACCUGGUAGGAGAUGAGUUGUUUGUGGUAAUGGAGUACCUUGCUGGUGGGUCACUCACUGAUGUUGUAACAGAAACCUGCAUGGACGAAGCACAGAUUGCAGCUGUGUGCAGAGAGUGUUUACAGGCCUUGGAGUUUUUACAUGCUAAUCAAGUGAUCCACAGAGACAUCAAAAGUGACAACGUGCUCUUGGGAAUGGAAGGCUCAGUUAAACUUACUGACUUUGGCUUCUGCGCCCAGAUUACCCCUGAGCAGAGCAAACGCAGUACUAUGGUUGGAACACCAUACUGGAUGGCACCAGAGGUGGUUACACGAAAAGCCUAUGGCCCCAAAGUUGACAUAUGGUCUCUGGGCAUCAUGGCUAUUGAGAUGGUUGAAGGAGAGCCUCCAUACCUCAAUGAAAAUCCUCUGAGGGCUUUGUACCUGAUAGCAACAAAUGGAACUCCUGAACUGCAGAAUCCAGAAAAACUUUCCCCAAUAUUUCGGGAUUUCUUAAAUCGGUGUUUGGAGAUGGAUGUGGAGAAAAGGGGUUCAGCCAAAGAACUAUUACAGCAUCCCUUCCUGAAACUGGCCAAACCAUUGUCUAGCUUGACGCCACUGAUCCUGGCAGCUAAAGAAGCAAUGAAGAGCAACCGCUAGCGUUGCCCCUGAGGCCUCGUGUUCUUCUGCCCAUUUUCUAAGAGAAGGUUGUAAAACAUGAAAUUGUUACUCUGAGGGGUGUAAAGAGACAGUCUGCAUCACAUGGAGAAGACAAGCAGACUACUAUUUUCUAAAGAUGACCAAGAGAAAAUUGCAGUGAGAGAAUUAUGACUUCAGAUGAGCCCCUGCUGUAGGGUCCAAAAGGAAUCGUGGCCUGCAUCGCUAGCCUUACAUUUCCAGCAGACAGCGCUUGACGUUUGCAUACUAUUCUGAUGACUGUCUCUACAGUAGAUCCUGUUUGUGUCUCCUUUGGGCUGUUUCUAUACUUGAAUGGCAGAUUCGAGUUGUCUGACCUUUCAUCUGCUGGUCUCCUCUCUCCUCUGGAGCCUUCCCUUCUCUGACCCGUUCCUUUUGAGUUGUUGCUUUGAGUUUUUCUCGCGCCUGAAUUCAAGGCAAGUGUGAUAGGAAUUAUGUAGCUCUUUAUAUUGGCAAAGGAGCUUGACAUGUUUGAACUUUUUAUAGAAGUUAGGACCAGCUGUUGUACGUGUAGAGCUUAAACUGAAAGGGGGAAAGUAUGUGAUUUUUACCUUUUUUAACAAAUGUGAAAGAGUCAACUUUAGAAAUUUCAUGGUAGUGAGUUUGACAUUUGUUACAUGUAUAGAAAGAGGACUAAUAAUCUAUAUUUAUAACUAAAUCAUUGAUACAGAGAAAAUCCCAUUGACUGUAUGUUCUUACCAUUUUUGUCUUCUUUUCUGCCUGUUUCUCCAGAUUUGGCUUUAGGAACCAAAGUAAUUUGUUCUUCUUCCGCUCCGGCUUUAGGCCUCUGGUGCCGCUCCCUUCCCUCUGUUCCCUUGGAAAUGAGUGUCUGUAUAUGUUGCGAUUCUAGGUGUCGGUUUUUGUUCUGAUCAACCAUUAUUUCACAUAUACCCCUCCACCCUCUAGGGCAAGUAAUAACCAUUGAAUUUUCAGAAUUUAAAAGUUAAGAACUUUUUUCUAUUAAAAAGGAAAGGUAUUUGGGAGUAGCAAAAACCAAGAACAAUUUGAACCUUGGUAAGUUCUAGGCUAGUUGUAAUAAUGAAAUGUUAAUAUUGUAGAGAUGAGGCUCAUGGCAGUAACCUGUGAAGAUUCAUCUGGUUUACAGUGUUCCCAACCAGUUAUCAAUGUUUUACUGUGAGAGAUGAAAUAGCAAAGCACGUGGCGGGUCAUUUGAGGUGUUGGGGGUCCUUGAGUUUUUGUUUUUCCAGAUGAGUAGAGUAUUGAUGUAAAAAAAACUGGAGAAAGAAAACUGCAAUGUGGGUAUUGAUAGUAAUACUUUUAUUUUAAAGAUUUAAUGAAAGGUCUGCGACCUGUAGUGUUAGCUGUUCGCCUGCCCUCCCCUCCUGUCUUUACUCUUUGCUUCUCCUUGUUGCUUUGUUGUUUUGCCUGUGGAGGAAGAAUUGUCUGUUCUGUGUUCCUGGGGCCACAGAAGAAAAAGCAGUGUGGUUGAUUCAGGUGCCUGUCCUGAAUCAUCCCCUUUCAAAGAACUUGACACAUGCUUGCCACUCUGCACAAUACAAAUCAUGAAUGAAUAAGUUUGCUCUUGGGGAUACUUGGGAAAAGGGUCAGAGUUUCAUUUCCUAUUGUGCCCAUUAAGAUAUGGGGCUAAGCUCGAUGGUGGUGGUGCAUGCCUUUUUUAAUCCCAGCACUCGGGAGGCAGAGGC